CCAGAAAUCACUAGUGUGAAAUAAACUGCAGUAACUAGCGUUAAAUUGCUUCAGUCGUUCGCAUUGCGUCCAAAGAAAAUCGGAAAAAUGUCGAAGAGGAAUCCAGGAGACGAAUAUAGAAAAGGGUCAAGUGUGUACAGAGCAGAGGACUCCAGGGGAGAUGACAGAGGAAGGGAUCGUUCGCCGAUUAGAUCAGAUGACCGUUGUGAGGCUAGUAAUUACAAUCAAAGUGAUGCAAAGAAACAGAAGCUGGCAUUUGGAUUUGGCAAGAAAAGUGGUACAGAACAGAAGAAGGGUAUCCAGAUAAAGCUGGGCUCAACAUCGAAACCUACGGUAAAGGCAACACCAGUUCAGAGGCCAACAGUAGCAUCUGUAUUUAAUGCAGAUGAAGAGGAUGAACCUGAAGAAAUGCCAGCAGAAGCAAGGAUGAGGAUGAGAAAUAUUGGGAGAGAAACACCAACCUCUGCUGGACCAAAUUCGUUUGGUAAAACAAAGCAAGGAUUUUGUGAUUCGAAGAAAAUAUUUGAAAAAACGCUAAAGAAAGCAAUGGAGGAAGCAAAUAAAUGAUUCUUUCCCUGA